UUUGGAGUGUGGAGAAAGCAGCAGUCUGAGCUCCCAUUCCACUUCCCAUCAACAAAAUGUCAUUGGAAAGAAACUCUAUCAGUGCAUGGAAUGUGGAAAGAGCUUCACUCGUAGCUCCUCUCUCACAUAUCAUCAAAAAAUUCAUACAGGGGAGAAACCCUAUCAGUGUGUGGAAUGUGGAAAGAGUUUCAGGAAGAGCUCCGAUCUCACUUACCAUCACAGAAUUCAUACAGGGGAGAAACCCUAUCAGUGCGUAGAAUGUGGAAAGAGCUUCACAUGUAGCUCCUCUCUCACUUCCCAUCAAAGAAUUCAUACAGGGGAGAAGCCCUAUCAGUGUGUGGAAUGUGGAAAGAGCUUUACUCAUAGCUCCUCUCUAACUUUCCAUCAAAGAAUUCAUAUAGGGGAGAAACCAUAUCAGUGUGUGGAAUGUGGAAAGAGCUUCAGAAAUAGCUCCUCUCUCACUUACCAUCAAAGAAUUCACACAUGGGAAAAACCCUAUCAGUGCGUAGAAUGUGGAAAGAGCUUCAGUCAGAGCACCGAUCUCACUAGGCAUCAAAGAAUUCAUACAAGGGAGAAACCCUAUCAGUGUGUGGAAUGUGGAAAGAGCUUCACUGAUAGAUCCAAUCUCAUUUCCCAUCAAAGAAUUCACACAGGGAAAAAACCCUAUCAGUGCGUAGAAUGUGGAAAGAGCUUCAGUCAGAGCUCCCAUCUCACUAGGCAUCAAAGAAUUCAUACAGGGGAGAAACCCUAUCAGUGCGUAGAAUGUGGAAAGAGCUUCAGUCAGAGCUCCAAUCUCACUAAGCAUCAGAGACAUCAUACAGGGGAGAAACCCUAUCAGUGCGUAGAAUGUGGAAAGAGCUUCACUCAUAGCUCCAAUCUCACUUCCCAUCAAAGAAUUCAUACAGUGGAGAAACCCUAUCAGUGUGUGGAAUGUGGAAAGAGCUAAAGUUGGAGGUCCAAUUUCACUUCCCAUCAAAGAAUUCAUACAGGGUUGAAACCCUAUCAGUGUGUGGAAUGUGGAAAGAGUUUCAGGAAGAGCUCCUCUCUCACUUCCCAUCAAAGAAUUCCUACAGGGGAGAAACCCUAUCAGUGUGUGGAAUGUGGAAAGAGCUUCACUGUUAGCUCUAAACUCACUUCCCACCAAAGAAUUCAUACAAAGGUCGGAAAAACCAUUAUAUAGCUUUAGGAGCCAGGCAAAUCCGCACCUUUUUAACCAGGCCUUUUUCUUAUUGACAUCUAAUGCUAUUUUAACAUGUGGUGUUUUGUGUUUUUAUGUUGUGUUUUUAUGUUCUAAGCAUUCUGAGACGUGUGGGUGUAUGAAUACAGCCACUCUUAAAUUCCUAGGAGUCUUUGCCCCCCCCAUAAAAUAUUUGAGGAGGGCACCCCCCAGGUUUUCUGUGUGGUUUUUUUUCAAAUGCAACCUUUUAUUCUUCUGCUACUUGCCAUACAAUUUCGCUUUCAAUUUGCCCUUUUAAGAAUUUUUUAAAAACCGCACAAAGGUCAUGAGGAAAACAAAAUACAAGAAGAUACAAACAUGGACAGGUCCCAUCUUUGCGGGCAAAAUGGAAAAGUUGCUUUAAAGGAGGCUUUCCCACACUUGGGUCCCCAGCAGCUCUCGGACUACAGUUCCCAUCGUCUCUCCCCAUUGGUCCUGCUAACUAGAGAUGAUGGGAGUUGUAGUCCAAAAACAGCUGGAGACCCAAAUUUGCUUUAAAGGGAAAGUAGGCUGGCCUUGUGAUACCCUCUGCUGGCCAAAAGCACUGCCCCAGCAUCUGAACCACCCCCAGUACUCCCAAUUGGAAUUAAUAGAGCGCAAAACUGAAGUUUGAUUGGCACUUCAACCUCUAGGGAGCUUCUAGGUGCUCUCUGCGCCACCUAGAGUACCCACAGAAUUGUGGCUUCUACUGGCAACACACACAGGAGAACAAAUGAAAGACAAACACAAUGAGCAAGAAAAAACCUGGAAAGGGCCAUACCAAAUGGACAUCCGGUGUGAAGAGGUCACUUUCCCCACUGCUGAACAAUGCCACAGGUAGAGGAGAUGAAAUGCUAGAAGUGUUCUCUGGGGCAAGGGCAGCUGCUGAGAAAUUGAACUAUGGGCGCAAAAUAUUACUUUUUUAAAAAGUCGCUGCCAUUAUAGACAUUGCCAUUCAAAUGGUGUGCAUGCAUCAUGUGAUUGAUAGUGCAAGGCGGGCCUUACCUGGCCCCCCACCAAUAUUUUAUUCAAGUCGGCACCACUGGGUCGGGUUGUUUACAGAUUAAAUAAAUACAUAAUUCGCCUCCCUUUGCAAAUAUUCCAGCUUGCCAAGAAUCCUCAUU